ACAAGUUUCCUCUAGUCAUAUAGAAUGACUCCCUCUUUUUGUAUAUAUAUAAUACUGAAACUUUACUAGCAUUUGAAACAUAGUGGAAGAAGAAAUGAUUUUAAUCCUUCAUUUUUUGCUUGACAUGUCUACGUAAAUGAUUAGAGAAUGUGAUUUAUUAUUAGGCAAUCAAAAUAAACAUAUUAAUACCUCUCGCUAUCUACUCCAUAUUCAUGUAACUCUCGCAUGUAACGUCAAGAACUAAUGAAAAUCAAAAUCUUUCUUAAUCAUGGGCAUAUUCAAUUCAUUCUGUAUCUGAAUCAAUCUUUCAUCUAUCUUAAGCUUCCCCAAACCAUGCAUAACAUGCAUCUUAGUAACCGGAAGCAUCCCCAAACCGAAAUAACCAGACCGACUCUAUUUAAAGUAAUAACCAACCACUAAUCAUAAUCGGCUCAUAGGCCCAUUAAUUAUAGAUCUAAAGUCCAUGAUGCUUGGCCGUCACGUCGCUCUCCGACCUACACCUUUUAAAUAACAAAACGUUUAAUCUUUUAUUCAACAAAGGCAUCUAUACAUUUUUGGACUUUUUUGCGCACUUAAUUUUUUAGUUAAUGAAAAAAAAUAAAAAAAAAAUAAAAAUCAAUGACUGAGUUUGAGUUGCAAACUUGCAAACCAGAGUCGAAUUUUGAUCGUCUUGCAGUGGAUACUGGUUAAGGGCUUCACCUUCACGGGAUCGGUUGCGGCAAGCGAGAGACACGACUCGAAAGCAAUGUCCGGCCGAUUUUGCGCACAUGCUUUAACGUCGAAAGAGGAGCUCACGAGAAGAGAACUUGCUCCAGUUCUUUAACUAGUUCCCGGCCCGUAUGGUACACUCAACCUCCACACAACUAAUCCGUAUUAUUAAUAUUAAUCACCUUUCUUAAUUAACUUAACCUUCUGUGUAGGCCGUCUCCCUCAGACCAUAUCGUUGACUUUCUAUUUCCCUUGAUCUGUCUUUUUUCACCUUGCUCUGUUUUGGGGGGGCUCUGAAGUUUCAAGAUCAGAUAAGAAGACCGGUGUUAGUGUUAUUCAAUAUGUUUGAAAAUAAGGAUGUGUUUCCUGGAUUUGUGGUCUGGAUUAAUCAGACUAUUCAAGAGCCUCUCAAGGCUGAGUUCAAGAGGUUAAGGAAUAUCAAAGAGCAAAGCUUGGUCAAGAGUCUUAACAAGAUAGAGGCAGAGACUACUUAUGAUAAGCACAGAGAUGAGGAGAAGUUAGAAAGGCAAUUACAAGCUUGGAGAAAUAAUCCUUCAUGGAUUGAUCAACCUCCUAAGGUUCAGGUGAAAACACAAAACGGUUCGUUUUGCCAUUUGAAUGUAGAAGUUAACGUGGGAUUGCCUCCUGAAUCAGUCUACAACAUUUUUACUCAUCCAGACAACAAACGAUACUUCAAGAACAUCAAGGAAUGCAUAUCAAGAAAAGUUUUGAUGGAGGAAGGACCAAUGCAGACAGUGGAGGUGAAGCAAGCCGCGGCUUGGAAGUUUCUUUGGUGGGCUGGUACUUUCCCUGUACAUCUAAUUGUCCAAGAAAAUCGAAAAAAUCUCACCUCAAAAUAUAAGCAAGAGAAAACAAUGUUCAUGAAAGUGUUUGAGGGUUGUUGGAGAGUAGAGCCAUUGUUUAUAGAUGAACAUUUGUGUGACCGCAUGAAACCAAAAACUCUACAAGAUUACGAUAGUUGUAGCAAUGGACGAGGAAGGGUAGGGUCGAAGGUGACAAUGGAUCAGAUGUUUCAGCCUUCUGCUAUACUUACUCCACCUCCACUUUCUUGGUAUAUUCGCGGGAUCACCAUUAAAACCACAGAGAGUAUGAUUGAAGAUCUCCUCGCUGAAGCUGCUAGGCUCCGAGGAGGAGGAAGAGGAGGCCAUGACGAUGAUGGUCAAGGAGAAAACGGCGUUGUAUUGGAGAAGAGCAAAGAUGAGCACAUAAAGGAGAGAUGGAGAUCACGUAGGAGAAGUAACGGGAUGAGAUAUACGAAUCGGAGAAUGAUGUAAUUAAUGUAAUUGUAACCCUAAAAUAUCUGACUACCUAUUGUUGAUUCAAGCAGUGCCAAUUCAUGGCACAACCGGAUAAAACCUUUUUUUUUUUUUUAAAGAAAAAAGUUUAAAGAGUUUAUACAUAAA